AUGAGAGCCGCGCCGACGAAGAUGUCUCUGUGCGCACUGGUCUGCUUGGUUACCACCCUAGCCGUUGGCGCGGAAAUCUAUUUUGAAGAGAACUUCUCCGAUGAAUCGUUUGAGACCGAAUGGACGUACUCGGAAUAUCCUGGCAAAGAGUUCGGCAAGUUUGUAUACAGCUCGGGCGCUUUCUACAACGAUUUCGAGGCCGACAAGGGUAUACAGACGUCGCAGGACGCUCGAUUCUAUGCAUUGUCCAAGAAAUUCUUGCCAUUCAGUAACGAAGACAAUGACCUCGUUAUCCAGUACACGGUCAAACACGAGCAGGCUAUUGAUUGCGGCGGUGGAUACGUUAAGCUGUUCAACUGUGAUUUGGAUCCAAAGCAAAUGCACGGUGAAACGCCAUACGAAAUCAUGUUUGGACCUGACAUUUGUGGACCUGCUGUAAAGAAGGUUCAUGUUAUCUUCAGCUACAAUGGCAAAAAUGUACUGAUCAACAAAGACAUCCGUUGUCUUGAUGACGUCUACACUCAUGUUUACACACUUAUUGUAAAGCCUGAUAAUACUUAUGAGGUAUUAAUUGACAAUGAAAAUGUAGAAUCUGGUAAAUUAGAAGCCGAUUUCGACUUUCUGCCACCCAAGACAAUCAAGGAUCCUGAAGUUAAGAAACCUGAAGAUUGGGAGGAUAAUGCUACUAUUGAUGACCCCAAUGAUAAGAAACCAGAAGAUUGGGAUAAGCCAAGACUCAUAACUGACCAAAAUGCCACUAAACCAGAAGAUUGGGACGAUGAAAUUGACGGCGAUUGGGAGCCACCAAUGAUUGAUAAUCCAGAAUACAAGGGUGAAUGGACACCAAAACAGAUUGAUAACCCAAAAUACAAGGGAGUAUGGGUACAUCCAGAAAUUGUCAAUCCAGAAUACAAACAUGAUGAUAAACUAUAUGCAAGAAAAGAAAUUUGUGCCGUUGGUUUUGACUUGUGGCAAGUAAAAUCUGGUACUAUUUUCAAGAAUAUUUUGAUUACAGACGACAUUGAAGUAGCUAAAGAUAAGGCAAACGACAUCAUCAAAUUAAGAUUUGAGGGCGAGAGAAAUAUGAAGAUAGCACUUGAAGAUGAAGAAAGGAUGAAAGCUAUGCAAGAAGGAAAGAUACCUAGUGACUCCCAACCUGAUAAUGAGAAUGGAGAGGAAGAUGAAGAAAUUGUAACUACCGACGACACCCACGAUGAGUUGUAA